AUGACUGUACAGAACAUUUUAAUCCUGUGCACUCUCUUCACGAGCGCCAUAGGCUUAGAAUCAGAAGUAGUAGUCUUACGAGCUGUGCGAGGUCUGGACGCGAGGCUCCCGUGCGGACAGGGCAAAGUGUUCCUAGACGGACCAGACUCCUAUGUCCUCUGGCUGAAAAACGACAGGGACUUCAUAUACCGCUUCCCCAAUGAGGAUAGUGAGCAAAGGGUGGCCAACCGUGACCGAAUAUAUGGGACCUCGUGCGACUCGGGGACUUGCUAUGACGACACCUCUCUCCUUCUAAAGCGUGUGAGUGAGCAGGACAGCGGUAUCUACCGCUGCCGGAUACACUACCAAGCGUCGCCGUCGCUGGACUAUGUUAUUGAUGUUAGGUUGGUCGAUGCACCAGGUAUACCGAGGAUAUAUAAUGAAGCGAAUGAGGAGUUGAAACGGGGAUACGUUGGCCCUCUAAGCCUGGGAUCAGAUCUGACCCUGAUAUGCGAAGUAGACGAUGACCAGCCCGACACGCUAGUCUACUGGCGUCGCAACGGCGUAAUGAUAGAGCGCGCACACACGGUCCGACCCGGCGUACUACGAGCCGACGUCCACGUGCGAAACGCGACGCGGGACGAACUAGAUGCCCACUACGAGUGUCUCGCUCAGAAUGCUGAUGUAACUGAGCCACUGAGCGCCAGUGUCGUUAUUAAAAUGUAUUUGCCGCCAAUGAAGGUUGAGAUCCGGUUGAAUAACAACUACGACUUCGAGGCGGGUCAACCUAGAGUGGUUGACUGCGUGGUAGUUGGCUGUGUGCCACCUCCAUCAAUCACCUGGCACUUGGGUGACACGUUGCUGAGACCCAGUGUUCAUAAGGAACUUCACGACGGCAACUACACAGUAUCAUCACUGACCCUAGCACCUUCACUGCGUGAUUCAAAACAUGAUCUCGUGUGUAGAGCUCACAACUCUCAUCUACCGUCGUCCGUAUUUGAAGAUAAAGUCACCUUAAAUGUUGGAUAUCGUCCUCUCUGCCUUUCUCCGCGGGAAGAGACGAUCGGCGCCAUACUGGACGAAACUGAAACUAUAUCGUGCGUGGUAGAAGCCUCGCCGCCGCCCCUGCAAUUCAGUUGGACGUUUGCUGACUCGAGAAUACUGUAUACCAGUGUUAAGUCAGUGUCGGGUCACCAGAACCGCUACACGUCAUCUCUAACCUGGCGUCCGCGUGACGGUGACGUUGGAGCGGUACUAUGUCGCGCGACCAACGCGUUCGGGGAACAGAGGAAGCCGUGCUCGUACUCCAUCGCCCAAGGCGGACCACCAUGCACACCCGACUGUGUGGUACUGAGAUCCUUCCCGAAGACCAUCAGGGUUCAGUGUCAGAAAGCAUGGGACGGUGGUAGACCGCAGAUGAUACAUCUAGAACUCCUCACAUCGGAUGGCACUCUCAUCCACAACGUAUCAAACCAGGCGGGCCACUUCAGCAUCCCAGACGGUGAUGAUGAGAGGAACAUGACCGCUGUGGUCUAUGCCAGCAGCUCUAGGGGCAGAAGCGAGAAGAGGGUCCUGCAUCUACAGACUAUAACGCCGCUUAGUGCUUCAGCUAUAGCGGAGAACGAGGAGCCUCAGUCAUGGACGCACUGGCUGGAGGUGGGUGCGGGGGCGGUGGCGGUGGCGGCGGCGCUGGUGGCCACCACGCUCUGCGUCAAGGCCUUCAAGGCCAAGAGGGACCAGCAUAACCCCGAUCUGGUGCCGCGGUCUGAUGGUACUUUUCACCGAGAGCCGGAUUUCACAAGAGAGGAGCGAUUACUCGGCACCACCAAUAUUACCGUCAACCAACUGGCAUCGUGUCCUAAUCAGUACACGACGUCGCCUGUGCCAUCAUGCCGCGUGCUGGUGGGCUGCGCCGCGAGAUCCCCGUCCCAGGACUGCCCCGCCACGCAACACUCAUACUACGUCUGA